AUGCUCUAGUAAAUCAAUUAAAUUCUUGAUGAUAUGAGAUGGACUAUGGAAGUGCUCUCAAACAGUUAAUUGCCAAUCAAAUAACAUAAUUAAUAUAAGUUUGAAUGUUUCCUCUAAUCAACUAAUAGCUAGUGGUUCUGA